AACACAUCCAUCCUCGCUAGCUCGCUCGCUCUCCUUGCAACUCCAGUGCUGCUCACUGCCACUGCCAGCAGAUCGAGCUGCUCCGUCUCACAAACCCUCUUGCUUUGCUGCUGCACCUGCAAGUCUGCAACCGCGCACACAGAGAUGUCGACGACGGUGAGCCGUGCGUCCCUCGACCAGAAGCUCGCCCUCGCCAAGCGUUGCUCCCGAGAGGCGACCCUCGCCGGAGCCAAGGCGGCAGCGGUGGCGACUAUCGCCUCCGCGAUCCCCACCCUGGCCAGCGUGCGGAUGCUGCCAUGGGCCAAGGCCAACAUCAACCCCACCGGCCAGGCGCUCAUCGUCUCCACGGUGGCUGGGAUGGCCUACUUCAUCGCCGCCGACAAGAAGAUCCUGUCGCUGGCGAGGCGCCACUCGUUCGAGCAAGCCCCUGAGCACCUCAAGAACACCUCCUUCCAGGGCACCGGCCGUCCCCACCCAGCCUUCUUCAGGCCGUGAGACGAGACCUCCGUCCAGAGCUAGCUACCUACCUCUUUUUCCAGUUUGCCAAUGCAAGCACCAAAUGCCCACCGAUGCAUGCCUGAAUAAACUACUGUAAUUGCGAGGCUGCUGAACGUCGAUGCGCUAGUAUAACUACUACUACUACGAGGCUAGCUGCGCGCUGAACACAGCGCUGUAAAGUAGUGUUGGUGUGCUAAAUUCAGAAUGUGUAAGUUUAAUUUAUGUUAUUACCAGUUAACCAA